AAAUCAAAACAUAACCUAAAAAAUAUUUAAAUACACAUGUAAUAUUUUUUAAGUUUUGAACAAUUAACUAAAUAUACGUACAUUAUCAAGUAUACAGUCAAAAAUAAUAAGAGCUAAGGGAAAGAGGAGUAAAAUACUGAUAAGCAAAUCUGCAAGUGGGCUGUGGUGGUUGUAAACUUUAUCAUGGGUAAAAAAAGGAAACUAGCUCCAAAAACCGAUGAUUUUGAAUAUGAUCCCAUUCCAAAACAUCUGGUUACAUCACAUAUAAAGAAACAAGAGAAGCGUCUCAUAGUUAUUCUUGAAAAUGCUCAGUUAGAAACAGUUAAGAGUGGGAACAGUUUUGAGCUCUUAAAUUGUGAUGACCAUGCCAAUAUACUGCGGAAGAAUGAUCGGGACCCAGGGUCUUGUCGGCCAGACAUCACACACCAGUCCCUGCUCAUGUUAAUGGAUUCACCUCUAAACCGAGCAGGGCUCUUGCAAGUCUAUAUACACACGGAAAAAAAUGUCCUCAUAGAAAUUAAUCCACAGACAAGAAUACCUAGGACAUUCAAAAGAUUUGCUGGCUUAAUGGUGCAACUCUUACACAAAUUUGCUAUAAGGGCAUCAGAUGGACCAAUGAAGCUGCUUAAAGUCAUCAAAAAUCCGAUAACUUCACAUUUGCCUGUUGGUGUGAAAAAAAUCACCAUGUCUUUUAGUUCAAAGAUGGUGCAAAACUGUCGAGAGUUGGUACCAAAGGAUGAACCCAUAGUCCUCAUUGUGGGGGCGAUGGCUCAUGGCAAAGUGGAAGCGGACUAUUCAGAAGAUGUGAUAUCAAUCAGCAACUACCCUCUGUCAGCUGCUUUGACUUGUGCAAAAUUGUGUACUGCCUUUGAAGAAGUAUGGGAUGUUGUAUGACAAAAUUCUAGCAUAUUUUGUAACAUAAUAUUAUUAUAGUUAUUACUUAUUAAUAAAUGUAACAUAUACUUUCGACUAUUAAUGU